AAAAAUCAUGGCGGAUGACAGGAGUGUUUAAGUUAAACUGGAACCUGAAGUGAAUUGUCACUCCUAAGACGCUAGUUUCAUCCCUUAUGCAAAAUUUAAUGUAGGGUCUGACAGGAAGAAAAAAAAGGAGUAUCAUAAGAGAAUUAAUUUUUGAUCAAACGCCGGGUGAUUAGAGCUAAGAGUCCUGUGAGUUUAGACAAAACAAAAGCGGACACAUGUCUAUGCCAAUAGGAGCUUCGCCGCGUGUCGCUCAAAAUUUCCGACAGUUCAACCAGAGUCCAUUAUCACAGCCUUUCCAGGGUGGAUCGGCAGCCGCUUUGGCUCAAGCAGCAAGAUUUCGACCUCCCUAUCACCCUGGACCUCAGGCAAUGAUGGGACAGGCUCAAAACCAGUGGGGACAGAUGAGUUAUGGACAGCCCAGGUUUGCUACACAGAGAUUAAUCUCACAGGCAUCUGAUAUUCGUAUUCCAAAACCACCAAAGCCUCCAGAGAAACCACUGAUGCCUUAUAUGAGGUUCAGUAGAAAGGUUUGGGAUCAAGUAAAACUCCAAAAUCCAGAGUCAAAAUUAUGGGAAAUUGGAAGAAUUAUCGGACAAAUGUGGAGAGAUCUUAGUGAUCUGGAAAAACAGGAACACUUGGAUGAAUAUGAAGUUGAAAAGCAAGAGUAUAAUGAAGCAAUGAAGGCCUAUCACAACUCUCCAGCUUAUCAAGCAUGGAUUGUGGCCAAAGGAAGAGCACAAGCUGCUCUUCAAGAGCAGCAAGCAAUGGAGAGAGCUAUGAUGGGUUCCAUGCCUUUUGGGAAAAUGGAUGAGGCAAGAUUUGGCAUUCAACCUGUGGAUGAUGAUGAUGAUGAAGAUGACGCCUUCUCUGUCAAACACAUAUCCGCAGCUCGUUUUCAUCGAAAUCAUAAGUUGAUGUCAGAAAUAUUCAGCGACACAGUGGUCAGGGAUGUACGAACAGUUGUGACCAAGUCCCGUCUGGGAGUCCUCAAGCGUCAAGUCCAGUCCCUCAUAGCCCAUCAGAAAAAGCUGGAAAGUGAGUUGCAGCAAAUCGAAGAAAAGUUUGAGGGUAAAAAACGAAAGUUUAUUGAUGACAGCGAAAAAUUUAACGACGCCCUUAAGAAGCUUUGCGAACCUCUUAAUGAAGGGGAGACAACCGGCGUGGUGGAGCUGAAAAAAGGCAAAGGCACCGAUAUAAGUUUGCCCCCGGAGGACCCUAAACCAUCCACAUCUUGACGAAAUUAAUACGUCUGUCCAACUGUAAAAUAACACCUACCCGAUUUUCUUUUGUAUUUUAUGUUUCGGAGUUGGUUCAUCCAAAGGAAAGUUGUAGGGGGGAGGGGUUUGUCAAUAAAUGUACGAACUGUGGCAUUUAUUCUUAGGCAGACACAGAAUAUUGAUAAGUAGAGUAAAAAAUAAAGACUGUUUGUACCACG